UUUCACUCUAUUUAUCAAUGACUUUGGCUGAAGGACAAGAAAAAAACAAAGUUUGCUGAUGGAAUGAAUUUGCUCAGGUGCUGUGAAUCGUGUGGAGGCAUACAACAAUUUCCUAAAGGACACAGAUGGACUAAAGUAGACUCAAUUAGCAAAACUAGCAAAUGGCAAAGUGCCUAAAAAAAAUUCAGUGUUUUCUAAAUGGUGAGAAGCUUGGAGAUGUGGCUGAGCAGUAAAAUUUGUGCAGAAAUUAGGAAAAGCUUAAAACAAAUGUUAAUGAAAUUUUGCCUUUAUCUCAAGCAGACUGGAAUGCUAAAGACUGAUAGCGAUGAUACAGCUGUAAGAAUCUCUGAGAUCCAGGAACUCAGCUUUAUUUUAUUGUUCAGUGCAAUUCAUUGUGUUCCACUGCCCUUGAGGGAAAAUGUGUGCACACUGGCUGAGAACCUGGAACCUCAGAAACUCUUAAUUGACCUUACAGAGUAUCUUGGAUUUAAUUCCGAACAAUUGAAUGAAAAUAAUCAAAGACCAACCAUUCUAAGAUUAGAUGAUGUGGAUUCAAUGUAUAAAACUGGACACCUAGAAGAGUUCUACAAAGCCUUUCAACGUUUAAAACUGUACUUCUCUAUGUUGUCUGUAGACAAUAAACAACUGAGGAAUGAACUGAAGUUUCAUGGACGCCAAAUUGUGACAAUCGUGCAUGAGCUCAGUAUGUCAUUAGAUACAACUCCUCCCUCUGUCUCUAGCCCAAAUACACAAAUAGAAUCUGAGUAUGAUAAGAAGAAAUUCAGCUAUGAAAUAGUUAAGCUGUAUGUAAUGCAGUUGGAUGAACUGAAAAAACGUUUAUGUUUUGAGAAGUCGCAUUGAUUAUUUUUACUUGAAAAUCAAGUUUUCAAACCCUUUUAUAUAUAUAGCUAAAGUCUUAUAGCAAUUGAGUUGAAAAAGUUGCUGUUUAACAAACAGCUGAGCUGUACUCUGUAUUGUACAAUGUAUCAUAAUAUUGCUGAGGGGCAGUCACGUUUAAACUAACCUGACUUUCUAAGGCCAAAAAAUCCCAUUGCCGUAAAUACUCAUUUCUGUUACUUGGCAGCUGCUUGUAAAUCAAAGUCCAGAUCAGAAAACAAGAUUUUUUUUUUCCUUGAAGCUACUUUUUUUAUGGAUAGUUUCUAACCGUCCAGUUGUCAUUUUCUUGUUGUUUAAAAUCAAAAUCAACUAAGUACGAUGUGCAAUAUAGAUAUUGCACUCAUUACAGACACACUAUUUUGAUUCUAUGGUACACAAUCUUUUUAUUUAUAUGUUUUUAAUUUUUAUUUAUUUAUUUAUUUGGUAGUAUUCCUGUUGUUCUAGUACUGCCUGGCAGCAGGUUGUUAUGGAGGGGUGGGUAUUACAUGAGGUAAAUUAUUCCACAUCCAAUUUUCCCCUCCAUCUUCCGAUGGAGAACCGCAAGCCUAUUGACCCAACUCAGAACUGACUAAGUGCAAUGUGAGGCAAAGGGAAGUCUUACGUACUUCUGUUACUCAAUUGAAUUAAUUUCAUGACUGAUUAUUUUACAUGCUCAUAACUUAUAUGUUAAUUUAGUA